UAAUUUAGAGUGUCAGUACCAUAAAUUGCGAUUGUUAGUUCUAUAAAUCAAACCCAUUCUUUCUCUAAUUACUCUCUUCACGUCUUUUCCUGGUAGUGAUUUUUUAGAGAGAGAAAGAGUAGUAGGUGAAGAAAGGAUAUAUCGGCAAUGGCGGGUGGAGGAUUCGUAGAGUCGGGCGUAGGACGAGCCCAUCUAUACGAGUACACGAUCACUCGUUAUUUCAUAUUAUCUUGUAUUGUUGCAGCCAUGGGAGGUUCUUUGUUUGGCUAUGAUCUUGGUGUUUCUGGAGGGGUGACUUCCAUGGAUGAUUUCCUCAUUGAAUUCUUCCCCAGUGUGUACAGAAGAAAACAAGCACAUCGUGAUACGACAGAUUACUGUAAAUAUGAUAAUCAGAUCCUUACUCUGUUCACAUCUUCGUUAUACUUGUCGGCCCUGGUUUUCACAUUCGGAGCUUCCUAUAUAACGAGAUCAUACGGUCGGAGGGCUAGUAUCCUCUGCGGAUCAGUCAGUUUCUUCAUUGGAGCAGUCCUCAAUGCAUCUGCACAGAACAUAGCAAUGUUGAUCAUUGGUCGAGUGCUUCUUGGAAUCGGCAUUGGAUUUGGCAAUCAAGCAGUUCCUUUGUAUCUAUCAGAAAUGGCGCCAGCCAAAAUCAGGGGAGCUGUGAACCAACUCUUUCAGUUUACAACCUGUGUGGGAAUUCUUAUAGCUAACUUAUUGAAUUACGGAGUCGAAAAGAUCCAUCCUUGGGGAUGGAGACUCUCCCUUGGCUUAGCCACGGUUCCAGCUGCUAUUAUGUUUGUUGGUGGACUUUUCCUUCCAGAAACCCCCAAUAGUCUCGUUGAACAAGGUAGAUUAGACGAAGCAAGAACGAUUUUGGAGAAAGUUAGAGGUACCCGAAAAAUUGAUGCAGAAUUUGCUGACCUUAUUGAAGCAAGCGAUGCUGCCAAAGCAAUAAAGCAUCCAUUUAGAAAUCUUCUGCAAAGAAAAAACCGACCCCAGUUGGUAAUAGGAGCACUUGGGAUCCCAGCAUUCCAACAGCUUACUGGCAUGAACUCCAUUCUUUUCUAUUCUCCUGUCAUAUUUCAGAGUUUAGGCUUUGGCUCGACUGCGUCGUUAUAUUCAUCAGUCUUUACCGGUGGAGCUCUCGUUGUGGCUACUCUAAUAUCAAUGGCUUUGGUCGACAAGUUUGGUAGACGAGCAUUCUUUAUCGAUGCUAGCAUUGAAAUGAUCUGCUGCUCGAUUGUAAUUGCCAUCACUCUGGCUCUGAAAUUUGGAGAAGGUAAAGAGCUCCCAAAAGGCAUCGGUGUCUUCCUUAUCGUCGCCAUCUGUAUAUUCGUUCUCGCUUAUGGAAGGUCGUGGGGUCCAUUGGGAUGGUUAGUUCCAAGUGAGAUUUUUCCCCUGGAGACGAGAUCAGCCGGGCAAAGCAUGGUCGUUUGUGUCAAUAUGAUCUUCACAUUUUUAGUUGCUCAGUUUUUUCUUGCAGCUCUCUGUCACCUCGAAUACGGGAUCUUCCUAUUGUUCGCAGCCUUGAUCUGCAUCAUGGGCAGCUUUAUCUACUUUCUCUUGCCCGAGACAAAGCAGGUUCCUAUUGAAGAGAUACAUUUUCUAUGGCAAAAACACUGGUUCUGGAAGAGAUACUGUGGACCUGAAGAGAAUGCACGUGAAUUAAAAGUAAAACCAGAGCAGUAGCUGUAGAAUAGUUGCAAAAGAAAUAACAUUAAAUUAUAUUAUGAUUAGUACCUUCGUUUGAACUCAGUAGGAAUUCUACAGUUUCAAUUAUUACUUUCAUUCAAACACAGUAGGAAUUUCAUAACUUCAAUGGUGAAAGUAGUAUAUCUAAACUUCUCGAAUUGUUUUCUAUUGAAUUAACUAUUGAUGUUCUCUUA